CGACAACAAACACAACAAAAACAAGCAGCCACAGCCGCAACGAUUUUAUGGAUGCAGAGCUGCAGGCAGCAGUCGCUGCGCCGCUCUUAUCAUUUAUCGUUAGCCGCGCCGCCCCUUCGGCGGUUGUCAAUGUCAACUUGUUGCCAUAAAAGAGACGCAGAUGCUGUAUGAUCCCUGAACCCAUAUACCAAGAUCAAAUUAAAGUGCUUCAACGACGACAACGACGUCACUUUUCGGACAUUAAGGCGCAAGGGCGUUGGGCGUACCGUUUACGGCGUGACGGCGUGGGCGCGGGGGUGGCGGAAGUGGUUAUAGAGAACUAUUUUUAAUAGUGGCCUGGCCCAGACGACAUGACAAAAGCCACAACAAGAGCUACAAAUUAAGCAAGAAACAAGAAGCGCGUCGCGACUACGUCAAAAAUGUACAAAACGCAUCAACUAUUCAAAUACAAAAAAGCAGAAGCGACAACAGCAAUAAUAACAGUUAUUGUAAGCCACUAGCCCAGCACACACACACACACACACACACACACACACACACGACAACACUCACGCACACACACACACUGAAGGAGCGUAGUGAAACAGCUGGCCGUUAUGGAGCGACGCCGCCCAUUGUUUCCCAUCGAACCAGAGCCGCCAACAACGCCCACACAGCGCCUAACGCUGCUGGCAACGCGCUCGCUACGUGCGCUGCAAUUAAACUGGAAGAUUAUCAUUUCGGGCAUCGCAUCGACGCUUUUGGCCGUUAUUUGGUAUUAUCCAACAUUUUUUCUAUUCUUCGCGUUCGUCAUCUAUUCCCUGGUGCUGGUCUUUGCAGCUGUCGCUGGCACCGUCUAUAUCCAUUAUAUAUUUACGACCAAUGAGCCCACAAAGCCAAAUCGACAUCCCUCCAAGCUGCUCUACAAUGCCACCAAGUGCAACAUCUUCGAUUUGCCAAAUCCCAUUAAGAAUCCUUCGAAUUUACCCUUAAUCUUUGGCAAGACAGUUGAUCUGCAGCUGCAGCAGAUCAUCGAGUAUGUCCUGCGUGACUUUAUGGUGCCCUGGCUGGGAUAUGUUGUGACAAAGCCAAAGCUUAUCAACGAUGUGAUACGCGAGGAUCUGUGGAAUGCCAUACAGAAGAUACACGAACGUGCCGCCAAAAUGGAUCCAGCCAAGAUCAUAGCCGUCGACAUGGUCAAUCGCGUCACGGUGCAUCUCGAAAAGAUACGCAUUGCCGAGUCGCGCGCGGCCGAAACAAAUAGCGCUCCGGUGUUCAGCACCAAUUCGUACCUGGUCGAUGAGGAAAAGGAAAUGGAGUUUCUGCGCAAGCUGUGCGAGAUUAUGAUCAUAUUGCUGCUGCCGCGCGGCUACUCACUGCCCCCGCUCAAGGUGCUGCUCAGCGAGAUACUCUCCUUCAAGAUCUUCUUUCCGAUGAUCAAAAUGCUGACCGCACCGGACUAUAUCAAUCAGAAGGUUGUGCAGAACAUUGAGACGCGUCUGGCGGCGGCGGCGAUUAGUAAGCGCAGCUAUGAGUACGCUGCCAGCUUUGAGGAAUUCCUGAAGAUCAUCAACAAUUCGGGCAACCUGGAGGAGCUGUCGCUAAUACGCAAAAGCAUUGUCAAUGAUCUGAUGCACGCGACCAGCAUGCAGAAUUUGCAACGUGCCAAAGGCCUCGAUCCGGAUACCGAGGAUCAUACGCUAACCAAAUCGGAGCUAACCGCCGCGGUGCGGCUGAAGCGUUACGUGCAGCAGCUCUCGCUGGCCAAGGGUCAGUGCGAGAAGAAUCUGGCCAAGUUUGGCUGGAAUGGCAACUACUCCAGCGACACAGAUCUAACGCUGUUGGAGAUACUCAAUACGGCAGUGGGACGACGCUAUUUUACGCUGUUCCUGGAGCCGCUCAAGGCCAGCGCCCUGGUUGGCUUCUACCUGGCCGUCGAUGAGAUGAAGCAUGCGCACAAAUCGGCCACACAUCAGCUGGGCACAGAGAUCUUUUAUACGUACAUACGCGUGCCCAAGCCGGAGAUACAAAUCGAUAAGCAUGAGCGCAAGCUAAUCGAGACCUUCGUCCUGGGCGAUGCGGGUCCAGAUAUUUUCUAUGAUAUACAGCGCAAUAUAUUGCGCACACUCGAGGACAAAUACUAUCCACCGUUUGUGCUAAGCGAUCAGUAUCGCCAGCUCAAGGAGGCGCUCGACUCGAACGAAUUUAACGAUCCCACCCUGCUGAUGUGCCCCACCAUGCUCGGCGAUUCGAACGACGACGAGCAGGCGAUUGUCGCCGAUGGCCUCAAUGGCGCUGGCGGUGCUCCGGCUGCCAUCGAUGUCGCCGCUCACACAUCGUAUGCGCGCAGGAAGCUGGAGCAAAUACAGGAGCGCAUCGACAAGAAGAACCAAGCGCUGGAUGCACUCAAAUACUCGGUCAAGCCGGAGUCGAAGGUGCUGCAAAUACUCGAAAAGGAAAUGGAUUGGCUCAAGAGCGAGAAGCGUCAAACGGAGGCCCAUUUAAGACGCACCGAUGCCUGGACCGAGCAUCUCGGCAAAUGGAAGGCCACCAUACAGAGCGUUGAGGUGUCCGAUGAGAAGGAAUCGCUGCAGUUCAUGAUCCUAGUGCACGUGGACGAGGAUAUCAAUGCGCCGCCAGCCACGAAGAAUGGCGAGAGCAGCACGGGCCGAGCUCAGAGGCGUCGUCCCUCGGGCAUAUCCAGCGGCUGGGUUGUCAUGCGUUCCCUCAACCAAGUGCACGAGCUGCAACGUAAACUGCGGCAUGUGAGCUCCAAUUUGAAGUCGCUCGAUUUGCCGACGAACUUUAAGUUCUUCUUCUUGAAGACCGAUCGGCAUGCACAGGAGAAGGCCAAGGGUCAAAUACAAAAGUUUUUGAAUUUUAUACUGGAGGAUGACCAUUUGAAUGGCAGCGAGGCCAUCUAUACGUUUCUUAGCCCCAGCUCGGAUCAUUUGAAGCAGACUCUGCCCUCGCCAAAAAAAUCCAAAUUCUCGCUAUCGACGCUCUUCAAAAGCGACGCGGCCAAGGCGCACGACUCGAGCAAGGCCAGCGAUCCGUUCUGGGGCCUGCAGCGCGACGAUGACGACAUGUCCAACUAUCUGGAUGGCGAGACGAGCAGCGAUGCCAAGCUGCUGGCCGAUUUGGAUAGCAAAGACUCCAUUGCGGAGCCGCUCUAUGCGCUAAUGGGCGAAAUUUUCGACAUGGGCGGCGUCUUCAAGUGGCUGCGCAAGAGCAUCAUCUCGUUCGUGCAGAUCACCUACGGCCGGACCAUCAAUAGGCAAAUCCGCGAAUCUGUCACCUACCUCUUCGAGGAGUCCAUGCUGCACAAUUACUUUUCGGCCAUAUUGAAAUCGUUUUGGCCCGGCGGCGUACUGGCCUCCGCCUAUCCGGUACGCUCCGAUGAUAUGAAGGAGAUGACCACCAAUGCGGCCAAGGCGCUGCUCACGGAUCACAUACCCGAAGUGCUGUGCAAUCUCGUUGGCGCCCAGGCCGCCAAGCGCGGCGUCCUCAAGGUCUUUGAUGCCCUGCAGAAUCCCGCGUACAACAAGCAGCUGUUCUAUGAGCUGCUCGAGAUCUUGAUGAUCGAGUUCUUUCCCGAAAUACGUCAGCUGAGGGUCAACAACAGCGGCGGCAGUGGCAAAUUGAACACUGCCACCGCCGGUGUGGCAGCUGCCUCGGCUGCCGCCGCACUGGCCACCGUCGCUGCACUGCCUCAACUCAACUACAAUAGUCACAAUAGCAGCAGCAGCAGCAGCUCGAAUCAUGCCGGCCAUCAUCAGAGCUCUGCUGCAGCAUUGUCAACCGCCGCCGGCAGCAGCUCAACGCAUCCCAAGGAGCAUUACCAUCAGCCGCCGCCGCAGCAGUCGCCGUAUCACCAAAGCUCCGGACAGCAAACGCAUCUGCAUCAGGCGCCGCAUCAUCAUUCGACGGGCUCCAAGUAGAGACGAGCCACUCUUCUUUUAUUAUUGUAUUAACAUUUCUUUUUUAUCUUAUCGUAUAAGUUGCAAAUGUUUUUAAUGCUAUCUAGCGCUCUCUCGCUCUAACUCUAUGUCCGGCUCGCUCUAGAGCAUGGCUCUCUUUCUAUAAUACUAUUUUGUUUUCCUAGAGUUAAUUGUGAGUUUAGGAUUAACAAAUAACUGACCCUGUACAAAAAAGCUGCAAAACUUUCUAGCUGCUAACCUACUGCUAAAUGCACAUCCUUAAGCUGUUACAUUUUCACGCCUUUCCUUCAACGAUUUGUUGUUUGUUUUGUUUGUAGUUUAGCGAAAUGCGUUUUGUUAUAUUUUUAGCAUAUGAUGAUAUUCUAUAUUAUAGAUAUUCGUAUUGUUUUUUUGCGUAGUUACAGUAUUAAGCGUUACCAAAUUGUUCCAUUUGGAUCACAUUCCCACAACUUAAGAAAACUUAACCCAUAAACAGAGCAAAGAUACACGCAAAUUUGUUGGUGCCGAUUGUCGCAUUGUAAUUAACCGGAGUCGAAUUAUUGUGAUCUUAGCAAGUAAACAGCACCAAAAAAAAAACACAACAAACAAAUAUACGAAAAAUUGUAAUUGUUUACAAAAUGUAGUUCAUUUUCAAAGUACUCGUUUAAGCGCCUAUGUAAUUUAGAUAAACCAAAUAGUAGCAUAAAACAUUGUCUCGACACUUUGCACUGUAUUGUAUUGUAUUGUAUUCUAUUGGAUUGUAUAACUAUUUAUAUAUAUAUAUAUAUUGCAGUUGCAACGUUUUAUGUGUAAACAAUAUUAACAACAGACCCAAGCGAAAUAAAGAUGCUAUUUAUGUA